AUGAAAACUAUAAUUCUUUUUGGGCUACUGGGAGCCACAAUGUCAGCCCCGCUUAUCGCACAGCGCCUUUUCUCUGCAAGCAAUAGCAAUGAGUUACUGCUGAAUCUUUAUAAUGCUCAACUUCAGCCAUUACAGCUUCAGGGCCCGUUUUAUUCAUGGAUUCCGCCUUUCUCUGGAAUCUUACAACAGCAACAGCAAGCUCAAAUUCCAGGACAAGGCCCCUUGUCUUUGUCAACUCUAGACCGGUUUGCUGGACUAUUCCCAAAUCAGAUAACUUUCCCUGGACAGGUCAAUUUUGACCAUAGAACCCAGAUGGGACAACUGGACCCCUCACAAUUUCAAACACCAGUGCAGAUCCAACAGGGCCCUAAUCACGCAAUGCCCUAUGUGUUCUUCAGAAUGCCUCAAGAGCAAACACAGAUGCUUCAGUACUAUCCGGUUGACACGCUUCUCCCCUGUGAACAACCUCAGCAAACAGUCACACAGUCACCUCCACAAACGGGACAGCAGCAAUUUGAGGAGCAGAUGUCAUUCUAUACUCAAUUUGGAUAUAUACCGCAACAAGCAGAACUCGUUAUACCAGGACAGCAACAACUAAUCUUUGGUACCAUCAUUGGCACAGCUCCUGAAACUGCUAUGAUGCCAGCAGGAGGAGUGAUACCAUAUUUACAAAAAGAAAUGAAAAACAUUAGGCAUGCCAGUGGAGGAAUAUUCAUUCCUUCAACUUCACAAAAACCCAGUACAACAAGUUUUUUUGCUUCUUCAAUAGACUCAACUAUUACCCCAGAGAUCAUGGAAGAGAAGGUCAGUUGGAGCGAUGAAUCACUUUCACAGUUUUAUGUGCCUCCUUAUCGAUAUCUAUUUGGCCCAUAUCUACCAUUCCUGUAUCAAGGAUAUCCAUGGUUUAGAUAUUAUUUUCGCAUUCCAGUGCCUGAGCCUGUCCCUGAACCUACUCCUAUUAGUGGAUAG